AAUGCAUUUAAAACUCAAAGGGCACUAGGGGAAAAAUCUUUAAAACCAUAAUAGCCUCAGACCUCAAAGAUGCCUUCCCCCCCCCUCCCUUCUUUUUUUACUUUAGAUCACAGGCAGAUUUUCAAAUGAAGAACCUGAGAUCAACUCGAACCAUGGACGUGGAAGUGCUUUGCUUUGUUGCUGAUGAUAGAUUUUCUGCUCGUGGAUUGUUCUUGUAAGAUAAUGUGAGAUCAUCUAAGAAAAAACUGCAGACAGGUGAACUCCACAAACAUGGAUGGCCCCAACAAUUUGACUUCCAUUAUGAACAAGACCUGUGAUCCAGUUGUCCCAUCAGUUAACCCUUUCUUUAUGCUGGUCUACAGUCUAGUGUUUGUGGUGGGUUUACUCCUUAAUGGUUUCAUCAUGAAGUUUUACUGUUGUCGAGUUCGGCAGCAGGCAUCAAGCAGCUUGAUGGUGUACAUGAGGAACCUGACAGCUGCUGACUUCCUGCUCUGCCUCUCUCUGCCACUCCGCAUCGCCCACUAUGCUAGCAGCUCUCUCAUCAUUCAGCAGCUCUACUGCACAGUUGGAGCUUAUGCCCUGUUCCUCAACAUGUAUGCCAGCAUCCUAUUCAUGGGGUACAUUGCUGCCAACAGGUAUCUGAAGAUAGUCCAUCCUUCAAAAACUCACAUUCUACAGAGAGUACGAACUGCCCACAUCAUCUCUGUGGUCACUUGGGUUUGUCUCAUUAUUCCAGCAGUCACCAGCAACAGCCUGUUUUUCAUCACCCAGAAACACCUGAACGUCACCCCGAGACGCUGUCGUCCCCUGUUUAGUUCAUUGGUCAGGCUGAUCCAAAAAAUCGUCCAUAUCUUCUCUGUUAUCAUCUUCCUCUCAGUCUUCAUAUCCCUGGUCUUCUUCUAUAACGGCAUCUCCCGCAGGGUGUUGCAGGCACAGCAGACACAGCUGGCCUCCUCUGGCUCUGAGAAGCUGGUGAAGUCUCGCAGGAACAUGUUGGUGCUGGUCAGCAUCUUCUGUGUUUGUUUUGUCCCCUAUCACCUGUUUCGACUCCCCUAUAUUUUUCUGUCGGGAAACUGCUCUGCUGUUAAGGUGUUGUACUACCUGAAGGAAGCGGCCACCAUAGUGUCAGUUUUCAACGUCUGCCUGGACCCUGUUGUUUACUUUUUCCUCUGUAAGACUUUUCAGGCCCAGGUGAAUCGGAGUAUGGCCUCCAUAAGAGUCAACGUUCAAUAAGCAAAUGAGGAGAGUGUGACGUAGGCCAGUCCACUGGCUGUCACAAGAGUGACAGCAUAAAGAAGGAGCUGGGAAUUAUUCACUGAAGAGAGAGGCAAACAAGUGUGCUGUAAAGAAAUGCUCAACAUCUUAUAAAAAAUAGAUUUUUUUUCGAGAGUGAGAUGAGACCAGUAAAACCAGUAUCAUGUAUGCCAAGCCCUCACAUACUAGAGAACUUUCUGUGACGCUGAGAAAUCAAUGCAGAACAAAUCAGCCCAAACACACUCCCACACAGAGAGCAUCAGUUUAUGUUGCCAACUUUCAGCUAUGAGUCUGUGUCAGUUUUAGCAAACAGAAACGGAACCAGUCUGUGGUUAAAUUUCUACAAACAAUAUCCAAUGUGUGAAAUCUGAAUUUCAGUGUUUAUGAACAAAAAUAUUUUAACAUUUAUAUAUAAAAACCAAAGUGAAAAUUACUGCUGAAAAUUUCGUCCGCAGUAAUUUUUAUGAUUCAUGACGAGAAGCAAAACAUAGGCAAUGCCUCAAGAAGAAGAAAAUAUAGGGUUUCCAGCCUGUUUUGCUACUUUAAUAAUUUUUCAUAUCUUAUUUCAAAGUUUUGUUCUUCCGGGUAGAAAAUAGUUUAAAUCAAGACAAAACAACUAGGAGUCAUAGCUCUACAUUACUAGAGGGGGUCCACACAGGAAACUUUGGAGAGCAAGCAAAAGACUUCACCUGUGCCUUCAACACGUUAUAAUACACAUUUAUGCAGGUCAUGUUUAAAUAGCAGUAGUAUAAAAUGCCCUUUCAUACUGAGGGACACUCAGUUCCUGGUUAACAACUGAACCUUCUCCAAGAUCUUCCCAUAUGGCGUGCAGUAAAUGCAGUCUGAGUGCUCAUGGCUUGCCCAUCGUCAAUCAUGUCGGCCAGCCAACAGCUGUAACCGCUUUCUUUCUUCCUCGAUAAGGCAGGUUCAAGCCAGCUCUGACCAGGCAGAACUCUGUUGUCAUGGUUCCUGUUUAAUGUUAUUGCUUGUCUAAAUGAGUUGACUUAUCAAUUCAUCUCUAAGAAGUUUUGAAGGAUCCAAUAAAUGAUCUAAUGGUAGUGACCUAUACCUUUAACAGAUUGCAAAGCAUUCUGGGUGAGCAUGUUGAACAACAGAGACCAACACUGAGCUCUUUCUAUAGUUAUAAACCACAAAGUUUAAAAGUAACCGAGCCGAUUUACUGCACACAUGGCUUAGCUUUUAACCUUUCUUCGUCCCACCUCACGCUAACACGUAGCUCAAACUAUCUUUACUUCUGAUUUGUCUUCUUUCAAAUGUUUCGAUGCUAUAGUUCUUAAAUCAAUAAGUCGUUACCCUUCAGUUGUUCUGUGUUUUAAGAACAGUAAAGUGAGUCAGUUUCUUUGACGUGGACUGUGUUUUUUCAGCCUGCAGUUUGUCUGUGUAACAGAUACUAACUCUAGCUCUGUGGUUGUUCAGUUUCCUGUUUCGAAUCAAAACUUAGCUGCUCACAUUUUACUGCAGGGUAAACUGUGUGGGUGUAGGUAAAAUGUCCUAUAAAUGUCCUACACACACACCUACACACAUUUCUACAUUUUAAAGUAAACUAAAUAUAUUCUAUAGCUUAAAUACAGUUGGUACAUUGCAAUAAACCAACAUGUAUGAAAAUCACAUGUCAGCUUUAAUUCUGUAUAGACCACAGAGUCCACAGAUAUACAUGCACUGGAAGGCAAUAUGGCUGCUGCAACAGAAGCAGUUACCAGUGCCAGUCCCUCUUCCCUCUUUAAUGGUUUUAUUUCCACCCUCAACAUAGCCUGCUUCCUUUCAGCCAGACUCAUAGUUCGAAGUGAAAGAUGAACUGAUAAAAUCUUUAUUAAGGUAUUCAGUAAUCAUAACUGGAUGUUCAAUAUAUUUAAAGAGUCAUUUAGAAAACUUUACCUGCUCUUUAUCAGUUGAAUUGACAGGACAACAUUGGAGCUUUGCAUGAAGUUCAGAUUUACAGCAAACAUGAAUGCACCAAAAAUGAAUGAACACUUGUGUGAUCUUUGAUGUUUUGUGUGUUUGUAUGUUGCACUUCUUCCUGCACCGAGGGAAUCACUUGAUAAAACCUGUUACUGUGGAUCAUAUUUAAGCCUCUUUGUGGCAUUGCUCCACCAAAUGAUCAUGCUACUUCACCAAAUGUAUAUAUCUGUAUUGAGCAACAUGUGAGCAACAUGUGAGCUGAAAUGAAAUAAUGUUCAGGGUUUGUGCUCAUAUUUUAAGAUUUACGAUACAUGUUAACAACUCAUAAAUUGUUAACAAUCAGGAAGUGGUUUCAAAGUCUGAGACUGGGGUCAGACUCAUUUUACAUGGCGGGCCACAUAUAACCACAUAAAUAUCUAUGGUAGAAAGUGAAAAACAGAAUUUCUUGUGGAAUUUUUUCAACACCAAACACAACUGUAGACUUGGUCUCAAAGCAUACUGAGAGACGGAGCUGUGCAGGAAGUGAGAUUUUAUCUUGGUGAACGUAAAAUUCACGAUGUUUUUCAAAUGUGGAGCCCAAUUUUGAUCUUCUGUUUCUGUUAGUUCAGGGAAUUUUGGUCAGACAGUGAUAAAAGGUUUGGGUAGUUUGACAGCAUGUCCAUGUACGUCUAUCAUGUCCAUCUUUUUUCAGAGUCUGUGUACCUGCUCUUUAAUCGUUUGCUGUUUUGGCUUUUUGGUGGUUGUUGAUUCUGACGUUUCUGUGGAUAACACGUGUCUAUAUUUAAAUAACAGAUCAGUGAUACAUCCUGUUAAACUAGAUGUUCUUCCUCUCAUCCCCAAAAGGUUCAACAAUUCACAACUUUAUAAAUUCUGCUCUCAGCUUUGUCUCUAGUAUCACUGAAAUGCAGCCAGAUGCUCAUUUUAUGUUUCCACUCGUUUCUUCACUUUUCACUUGUCUUUGCAUGUGAUUGGCUGCAUGGUGCGCCCAUCAACAUAAAGCCCCGCCCCUGCCUGCAUGGAUUCUCAGCAGGGCUGGAGAUUCAGCUCCUACAUACCUAAUUAAUGACUGCCAUUUGAAAUUAUCACAAAACAAAACAAGAGACGUACAUAUGUUACUUUUGAAAACAAAAGUCUGUGACUGUGGGUCAGCCGGAUUGCUCGACACUCAAACACCCACCUGUUCCUCGGGUUUACUUCCUGAAAACCUCUGAAACGUCUGCUCAUCUUUCCGGGUUUACAGAGCAGCACCAGCUAUGGGAGCACAGAGAAAACCCAACACAGACCUCUAGCAUGACCGGAUUGGACUGCAUGAACUGCGCUUCAGUAAAACAAAGAAAAGACAGGUGGCGUGAGCUGAGCCGUCACAAGUGCAGCUCAGUGACGUGAUAUUAGUGACACAGCCACAGACUUUGCUGAGACUCUCUUCUUUGAUAUCAGCUACCACACUAAACACUUCCUGCUGGAUCUCUUUCAGAUUAAAAGGUUAUUUGAAAUGAGGUGACUGCAAUACUUUUAAUGUGAAAUUAAGAGAGGAAGUGCUGCGUUUUAUUCUUUGCACUCUGACAUCGUGCAAGAGCGGAUGUGGUUUUUCCUGUAAUAAAUUAGUAAAAUAUUAUUUUAAAUGGGUAAAAAAAUGUUAGUGCAUAUAUGAAACAGUAUCAUCGUGUUACCAU